UCAAACACUCUACUUCGGAAAAAAAUCUCCCAAUUUUCAUGCCCGGGACCGUUAGUACUUGACUGCCAAGAAAGAUUCAUCAUUUGAUUUGCAAAACCCCAAGGCGAUUUUAUAUUUACUUGACUGCCAAGAAAGACCCAUCAUUUGAUUUGCAAAACCCCAUUGCGAGUUUAGGGCUCCGAAUAUAUCCUCUUUUUCGUUCAAACCACAAAUAGGGUAACUAAAAGGAAAUUUUUUUUGUGCUUAUGGUUGACGGGGGAAGUAUUCAAGUAAUUUCAAAACCUCAAGGUGAUUUGCAAAACCCCUAGGCCAGUGAGCAUUGAAAGGAGCAGUUGUGCUCAUGGGUGCUCGAGUGAGUUGCAGUAUUCGUAUUCGAUCUCUAGAAAAGUAGAGCACCCAUGGCUUCGAAAGGACUGUUAGCAAAAUUAAGGCGGAGUGUUUCAUACAGGCACGCCUCGUCGUGGUCUUAUGUUGGUGGCCACAAGGGUUUUGAUGGUCAGGAUUUUGUGUGGUGUGUGAGGCAGGAGGACGAGAAAGCGGGUAAAGUUAAGCAUAACGAUUUUGGGCGCUACACGCAGAGAUUUACCACAGGCUUCGCAACAUGCGGUUUGCAUCAAGGGAUAGAAGUAAACUUUGGAGGGCUAAGGUAUGUGAGCAGCAGCAGGAGCAACAGCAGCAUAGGGGAAGGGCCGGACAAGAUUGAAUUAUUGAAUGAUGUGGCGGAGGUCCUGGGCGACACCAGUAUCGAUAUUGUCAAUGCAAGUCCGGUUGUCAAUGAAGUGGCUGUUGCAGCUGCUGAUUCCGCCUAUCCUGUUGCUGCUCUGCAAUACUUCAUCGAGGCUGUUCACCUAUAUUGUGCAUUACCUUGGUGGGCAUCUAUAGCAGCAUCGACUCUCCUCAUCCGUUCUCUUACAAUACCAAUUUUGAUUUCUCAAUUAAAAGCCACUACCAGACUGACACUGAUGAGGCCAGAGAUGGAGGAGCUUACACAGAGGAUGAAACAGUGCACUGAUCCUCAAAUGAUCGAAGAUGGAAGACAGCGAUUGAAGUUUUUGUUCAAAAAAUAUGGCGUGUCUCCAUUCACACCAUUGAAAGGAUUGCUCAUUCAAGGUCCUAUUUUCAUAAGUUUUUAUCUAGCUAUUACUAAUAUGGCAGAACAUGUUCCUUCAUUUAAAGAAGGUGGUGCCCUUUGGUUUUAUGACCUGAGUACUCCAGAUAGUAUGUAUGUUCUUCCUGCAUUGACAGCAUUGACUUUCCUGGCAACUGUAGAGUUAAAUAUGCAAGAAGGCCUGGAAGGCAAUCCUAUGGCAGCUAAAAUGAAGACGUUUUCUCGAUUCUUUGCUUUGAUGACAGUGCCCAUUACUAUGAAUUUCGCGAAGGCGAUUUUCUGUUACUGGAUUACAUCAAAUUUGUUCUCACUUGUGUAUGGUGCAUUUAUAAGGCAGCCAGGCAUUAAGAAGGCGUUGGGCAUUCCUAUUAUAACUGUACCACCAGAACCUGCUGAGACUUCGGUUAUGUCUUACAGCCCUAUUCAGAAAGGUCCACCUUCCUCUUCUCUAGUCCAUCAGCGGAUGAAAGCACUAGAGAGAAAAGCAAAGAUUAAAAGGCAUGGCAGGAAGAGGUGAUUUUGGACCACGCAAUGGGAGUACAAAUUUGUAAUGGUGUUUUCCAUCUUUGCACAGAUUUUGUCCUAUUUCAUGUUCUGUUUAGAUUUUAUUUCAUCAGCUGUUUAGAUUUUAUAUUAUCAGAGGCUUAGGUCCAUGUUGGGAAUUUUACCAUACCAAAAUGGUAAAUCUUAAAAUGGGAUGGUAACUGUCGAUCUAUUUGACUAUCUCCUGUCGAUCUUUUUGACUAUCUUAAGAUACAGCUCUACAUAAUUCAAACUUUGGUGCAGACUGGGAUCAUAAGCAAUGAGACGUCAGUCAAGGCGGUAAAUAUGGCUGAUGCAAAUAAAUAUAAGUUUAGCAUGAUGCAAAUAAAUAUAAGUUUAGCAUAUUA